CGCCUGCGCACUGUGCAAGUGUAUGACGCAUGCGUACCAGCCCUACCCGACUGAUUUCCCGCUUCCGCGUUCAAAUGACGCGUGCGCCUUGGCCGGAAGGGCGGCUCUGCCUGGUGUGGGAAUGUGUCACUCAGCGGAGAGACCAAUCAGAGGAGCGUGUUCGCUGAGACGACCAAUAGGAGGAGAAAGAGGUAGAAGGUGUCCCCGCCUCCCGCUGUGAGGCGAGGAGGGGCCCGGACUCGGGGAGCGAAGCCGCCGGGCGACGGGAGAUGGCGGCGCAGCCGGAGCAGGCCCCGCUCACCGGGGUGGCCUGGGCCUCCAGCCCCGGCGCGGCGCCCUUCGGCUGGACACCGAUCACCUCGACCCUGGAAGGAGCAACAGCCAACUUCGGGAAAGGAUUUGGGCAGAAAUCAGGCUACGUCUUGUGCAUCACCUCCACUGCAGCCAGUGAAACCUCCCCAGGUGACGUAGUAGCCGAUGUACAGAUCCUGAGUGAGAAAAUGCCUCUGCCUACAGGAUACGUUUACAUUAAGGAGUUCUUAGAACCGAAAACAUCCAUUUCUAAGAAGAAGCGAAUUUGUGUGAAGCUUGUCCCAUUAGGUGUGGCAGAACUAGUUGUUUUUGACAUUAUGCUGAGUGGCAAGAGUAAAGUGGUUCCAUGCUAUAUGAAAAUAGGGGAAAUUAGCAGCUUUGCGGUUUGGUGUAAAAAGGGGCACCUUCUCAAACCUAAACCCCUUCCAAAACCGAGGAACAUCAGUCCAGCAAUGAAGGGGCUUUCACUGGAGCCAACAGAUCAGGAUAACAAAAAGACAGAAUUUGCAUCAGAAAAGUCUUUGACUAGAAUUGGCUCAAAACAUGUAUCUCUCAAACGAGAUGAUUCCAUUUAUGAUACAUCUAACCUCUAUGGCAUUUCAGCCAUGGACGGGGUACCUUUCGCACUACACCCCAAAUUUGAAAGCAGCAUCACUAGUGGGACUAAUGCUUUUUCCAUCUUCACGGACUUGAACAUUAAGUGUCUUGCUGACAUUGAGAAGGAGUAUGACUAUGCCUUUGUAGUUGAAAGGACUGCGGCUGCCAGGCUCCCACCCAGCAUCUGUUAGCACCGAGCAGCACAGAGUGCUACUAAAGCACGGGGCACAUGUCCCUUUUAGUAGGCAGACUGUAACUAUCUGCUAGAUCAUUCCAUUGAGGCUGUCUGUUGCCACAGGUGCAUAAAUGGCACAACCACAUGUGAUGGACUCAAAAGGACUGAAUGAACUCUGCUUCUGCCUUCUAAUUUUGUAAUAUUUAAAUCUGUAAUCCACUCGGUGCUAUCAAUUUUUGAUAGAUUAUAUUCACAAGCAAAGUCCAAAAGUGCAUUUGUGCUUGCAGCUGAGGGUUAUGUCUACACUGCAGUAAAAGACCCCAGGCAUGGCCACAGCUGGCUUGGGUUGGUGGACUGGACCUUGGGCUCUGAGACCUUCCACCCCCAAGUCAUGAGGUUGCAGAGCCAGGGCUCCAGUCCAAACCCAGACAUCAUCACUCCAAUUUUUAAACCUGCAGCCAGUCAGCUGACCCUGGGUCCAAAAGUUGCUGCUGUUUAUAUUUUACUGCGGUGUCCAGUAUUCCACUGUCACCAGCAUUGAGCUCUCCAUGGAAGCUAAGAUUUAUUUUGGGGUGGGGGCAUACUGAUGUUAUAUGGUGAACAUGUCUCUUAACCAGUCAUCUUGAACAAGUCUUAAAAGUAAAACCUAUGGUAUACCCCCUGUGUAGCAGUCAGCAAGACACUAAUAUUUUGUUCAGUCUGAUUAAUGAACAUUGGGUAGUGAACAUUUCUUAACUCUUGUUACUAACUCUUUUAUUCUGGAUGUGUCCUUG